CCCGGCGCCCCCCGCCUCGCCAUGGCCUCCGCGGGCGGCGGCGCCGGCCCCGCCGAGCCGGAGCGGCCGCACCCCAAGCCCUUCCUCAUCGGCGUGAGCGGCGGCACCGCCAGCGGCAAGUCCACAGUAUGCGAGAAGAUCAUGGAGCUCUUGGGCCAAAACGAGGUGGACCACCGCCAGCGCAAGGUUGUCAUUCUCAGCCAAGACAGGUUCUACAAGGUGCUCACGACCGACCAGAAGGCCAAGGCGUUGAAGGGGCAGUACAACUUUGAUCACCCAGAUGCUUUUGAUAACGAUUUGAUGCAUACAACCUUGAAAAAUAUUGUUGAGGGGAAAACAGUUGAGGUACCAACCUAUGACUUCGUGACCCAUUCUAGGCUGGCAGAGACAACAGUGGUUUAUCCAGCUGAUGUUGUUCUUUUUGAGGGGAUCCUGGUGUUCUACAGUCAAGACAUUAGGGACAUGUUCCAUCUCCGGCUCUUUGUCGACACAGACUCGGAUGUCAGGCUGUCCCGCAGAGUUCUGCGAGAUAUGAAACGUGGCAGGGACCUUGAGCAGAUCCUCACCCAAUAUACGACGUUUGUCAAACCUGCCUUUGAGGAAUUCUGUUUACCGACAAAGAAGUACGCAGAUGUGAUCAUUCCUCGAGGUGUUGACAACAUGGUUGCUAUAAACCUCAUAGUGCAGCACAUUCAAGACAUCCUGAAUGGAGACAUCUGCAAGUGGCAACGAGGGGCAAUGAAUGGACAUGGUCGGACCUACAAGCGCCCAUUCCCUGAACAAGCAGAGAGCAGCAAUGUGCUAGCAGCUGGCAAACGGUCACAUCUGGAGUCCAGCAGCCGUCCUCACUAACCUGCCGGAGUCUGAAGGAUUUGCCUCUGACCCAGACCAAUGCCCAAGAAAAUCUGGGAAAGAAAAACUAUUAACAAAAUGGUUUGUGAAGUGCCCUUUAAAUGGUCAUAGCAGCACAGGGGAUACUGGUGUGAAACUCCUCUCUGAGAGGAGAGGAAGGAGUUGGACUACUGCCCCCUCCCUGCCCCUUUCUCCCUAGCUUGUCUGGCUAUGUUACUCAUUGAACCGGUUUGAGGCAGUUCUACUUGCCUUUUAAAAAAAAUGUUCAAAAUGGUAUCUAAUGCUGUGAAGUCUCCCCUGAAAGUUAGGCACUACCAGGUGUUUAAUGAGAUAUCCCAUUUCUCUGAUGCUGCUCUUCCUUUGCAGGAAAAUUUAGCUGCCUGUUUUUUUUGAAAAGGAAAACAGUCUCUCUCUGUCCAAGACAAGCUCAGACCCUGUUAAUUUAAACAAGCAGGUACAGUCUUUAUUCUUCUCUACCUGCUCUUUGGGACCUUGAGACCUAGUUCUGGCAUUGCUUUCCUGCUGGCCAGCCUCCUUUAUCACCUGUAGCAGCUGUGGAGCAGGAGACCUGACCUUAUGAACACAACUGUAGAGGAAUCUCUUCCCCAAGUUAGAGGUGAAACAAAGGCUCUCUGGGACAAAAAGGGAAGUUACAGUUCAGGAGGCUUGAGAAGCAGUGUGAUUCUGGUUCAUAAUCUGUAUCUUCUGAAGGUCCUGAACCUUGCUACACUACCUGUAGGUGAGGCUUUCAAUUUGUACCCAAAUACAGUCUCUUUUAUCAUAGUUACUGAAUAGUGAGCUCAAACUGGAUUGAGUUGCUCAUGGAAGAAAAAAAAAAAAAAAAAAAAAAAAGAUGACUGACCCUGUCAGUUUUAGUGGCUUCGAGGAUGUUUCUGUACUGCUCAUUGCAGGGUCUGCUGGGCAGAAUCCAUCUACCUACAGAACUGGGUAGUUAGUUAAAUCAGCAAAGGGGACAGAUGCGAAUUGUGAGACCUGCCUGAUAGCUGUUUGUGCUAUCUGGACAUGUUUCUACCCUCAAGUGGAGUCAAAGUGCUUAUCUUACACUUGAACAGUUUUAAACUCAUGAAUGUUCUGGUUUUCUAAAAGAGCAGAUGAAGCUGGAACUAUAAACAGUGAUAUUCCUAUUUCUGCAAUUUACUCCAAAUAAGUGAUACCACAGCAACAUAGUUUCUGGAAAACUUCUGAAAUGAACCGUCAGUUGGACCUUUACAAGCGUCUAUGUUGUAUCUUUCUGUCACCGAGUCUGUACUUAGAGCAGGUCUAAUAACAGAGGUGGGGUGGGGGGGAGAAUGUUAUUAAGAGAAACUUUUUUGUAUUUGCUAGUUUUCUAAAACCAAGGUCUGGCUGUGUUGGCUGUGGAUGUUUUGCUUUGGCUAAUAAACAAAUGAACAAACAGCAGAAA